GAGAGGAGAGGAGAGAGAGAGAUAGAGACAACCGCGUCACCCCACUACCCAGCGAGGACUAAACUUCUGGCCAGAAAUGAGGUGAGAUAUAAGGGUCCAAGACAACAACAAAAAGAUGGGCGCGGCAGAGGAAAAGGGAAAACUGACUUUUAUUGUAGCACAUAAUAUUUGUGUGUAUGGGAAGUGAACACAUUAUCUGUCGAAAGCUUUUAGAGAUGCGAUUACACAGAUGCGACGAGGAUCAAAUGCAUGCGAGCUGCAUCCAACAUAAAUCAUGGAUACAUCUCUCGUGAUGUAAAGUCAGAGUCGGAUCAUUACUUUAUAAAUAUAAAAAAGACACACAAAAAAGUCGGAAAGGGCUCCCUCCUCCAUGUGAUCCCUAUCGGUGUGACAGAAACAACAAAGGGACGCGGACCACACUCGCAUCAGGACCACAGGCGGACACCAGCCCAGACACAGCCCUGAGCACAAUAGCGGGGAGGGGAGGGCUUCUGCUGCUUCUGCAAACAUGCAGCAAGUCUUCGUGUAAUUACAUUUACUCUUGGCGUUUCUGGGCUGCAACAGUCGGGAGUCUUUUUUCUUCUUCUUCUUCUGUCAGUUCUGGCAGGUCUUCACCAAACGCGAGCGUCUUAGAAACGAAGCCGAUCGAUUUGAGGACGUCCACGUCCAGGCUGAGACGGAGCAAGUGUUUACAACAUGUGUGUUGUGAUUGGAUGUUUUCAUCCAGAGGAAUGCCGUGAAGUGAUCGCGUGUGUUUGUGCCUUGCAGUUGAAUGGGGAGAGGCGAGAGACGAGCGCUGCCCAGCAUUAACUGAAGGGAACCGAGCGCUCCAGUGGUGUGGACUGAAAGAGGACGGCGAGGGGAGAAAGACCUGCGGUGAUCCUAGAAGUCUCUCAAAGGGCCCUCUCCAUGGAUAUAGACACAGACUAUGAGCGGCCCAAUGUGGAAACUAUUAAAUGUGUGGUGGUGGGGGAUAAUGCAGUAGGCAAGACCAGACUCAUCUGUGCCCGGGCCUGCAAUGCCACCCUCACACAGUAUCAGCUGCUUGCCACUCACGUGCCAACCGUCUGGGCCAUCGACCAGUACCGCGUAUGUCAGGAGGUGCUAGAGAGAUCUCGUGACGUAGUGGAUGAGGUCAGUGUGUCCCUGAGGCUGUGGGACACGUUCGGGGAUCAUCACAAAGACAGGCGAUUUGCCUAUGGCAGGUCUGACGUAGUGGUGCUAUGCUUCUCACUGGCUAAUCCCAAUUCCCUGCGCCACGUACGCACCAUGUGGUUUACGGAAAUCAAGCACUUUUGUCCCCGGACACCCAUCAUUCUGGUUGGCUGCCAGCUGGACCUGCGCUAUGCCGACCUCGAUGCAGUUAACCGUGCACGGCGACCCCUAGCCAAACCAAUCAAACCUACCGAUAUCCUUCCCCCAGAGAGAGGCCACGAAGUGGCAAAGGAACUUGGGAUUCCCUACUUUGAGACCAGCAUUGUCGCCCAGUUUGGAGUCAAAGAUGUCUUCGACAAUGCCAUACGAGCCGCCCUCAUCUCCCGUCGUCACUUGCAGUUCUGGAAAUCCCACCUGAAAAGGGUCCAGAGGCCCCUUCUCCAGGCACCCUUCCUGCCUCCUCGUCCACCUCGCCCCAUCGUGGGCAUUCCAGACCCGCCUCCCACAGAUGGCGACGGCCCCGAUUCCCUUUUCUGCCAGCCACUGUGCACAGACGUUCUUUUCCUCCUGCACGGUGGGGCCACUCCCGUGUUUGCACACAAAGUAUAUCUGGCAACAUCCUGCUCUAAGUUCUAUGACCUCUUCACCCUUGAUAUUGGUGGAUUAUGCAUGGGGCCCUGGGGGCUGGAGCAGAAGAGCAAGGAGAACUUGGAGAUGGGCGAGGAAGAUGAGCAGAGCAGGAGAGGAGCCAAAGAGCAAGCCGGGCGCACCAAGAGCCUGGACAUUGAUGAAGACGGGGUGGAUGGAGGAGUGCAGGGACUGAAUCGACCCCAGCUGCUCCAGCAGGGUUCUUUGAGGACUUCCCAGAGUGAUAAUACGCUCCCCUCUCGAGCCCACGACUCCCUGGGAGCACUGGGGACUGGCCGAGCGCUUUCAGGAUGGGGAAGGGGGUUCCUGAGUGUGUGUCUGGAGCUUGUUGACGAUCCCAUGAUGGGACGACCCCGACUCGUGACUGUCGUUGCCAUGGAUGCGCUUAUACAGGAAGAACCAUUUAAGGCAGUGCUUCAGUACCUGUACACGGGCAGCCUGGACGAGAGCCGAGGGGAUCUGAUGCAGGUGGCCACCAUCGCUGAGCUGCUGGAGGUGUUUGACCUGCGGAUGAUGGUGGCCAAUAUUCUCAACAGAGAGAGUUUCAUGAACCAGGAGAUCACCAAGGCUUUCCACGUCCGCAGGGCCAACCGCAUCAAGGAGUGUCUCAAUAAAGGCAGCUUUGCUGAUGUGGUGUUUCGACUGGACGACGGCUGCCUCCCGGCCCACAAGCCCCUGCUCAUCUCCAGCUGCAGCUGGAUGGCCGCCAUGUUCCGAGGCUCUUUCAUGGAAAGCUACAUUGAGGAGGUAUCCAUUCCCAACACCAGCGCAGCCUGUAUGCGCGGGGUGUUGGAGUUCCUGUACUGCGGUCUGCUGACACCCUCUCCUGGUCUGGAGCCCAUUGAACUUAUUAUCCUCUCCAACCGUCUGUGUUUGCCACGCCUGGUCGCCCUCACAGAGCAGCAUGCGGUGGAUGAGCUUCUCCAGUUGUCAGCAAAAGGAGGAGACAUUGACGGACAAGUGUUGGCUUACCUCGAGCUCGCACAGUUCCACAAUGCCAAGCAACUAUCAGCUUGGUGUCUUCAUCACAUCUGCACUAAUUAUAAUAGCAUCUGCCGCAAGUUUCCCAAAGACAUGAAGGUCAUGUCAGCAGACAACCAGAAGCACUUUGAGAAGCAGCGCUGGCCUCCUGUGUGGUUCCUGAAAGAGGAGGACCGCUAUCUGCGCUCACAGAAGGAGCGUGAGCGUGAGGAGGAGAUCUUGCGCAAGCAGCACACCAAACAGGGUUGGUGUUUCUGGAGGCACCCCUCGUCCUCUCCGCACGUUUCCUAGAGGGUUUCCACCAUUUGCAUCUUCAUCCAGACCUGGGUCUAUCCAGGAUAACUAAUCAAUGCCCCUCCCCAGGCCCCACCCUCGACUCAUACAGUGGAGGUCGAUAUUGAACCCUCUGUCAUCAGUAGAUAAGUAGUGCUACUGUGCCUGAAUGUCAGCAUGUUUGAGGGAAUGUAUGUGCCUCUUUAUAAUUGCGGGGGACUUCAUGAGUGCAUUGUCGUAUGCUUCUCUGACAAGUGUGUACUUAACUGAAGGUUCUGUGCAUAGAUGUGCGAGUGUAUGUUUGCAGUUGGCAUGACUGAUUGAUGCUUUUGACUCGAGUCCUCCAGAUGCCCUGAUCUAUAAGGGCCUGUGCAGCCGCUUGUCCCCGACACAAGAGCUCUGUCCCUGCACCAGCACUCCCAGUGUCCCAGCCUUUGAGUGAUUGGACUGGGAGCAAGGGCUCUCUAUUUAUCUCAGUCUCAUUCCUUCACAUUGACCUUAAGACUCUUUCUCAUUGACCACUGCAGCUCCUCUCGGGGAGCUCACCUCUGCCUUCACCUCUACGUAGACUGUUAGUUUGCACACAGACUGGUGCAAAAGAUCCACCCCUCUAAAGCCAGCACUGGAUUCCCAGGAACCUGACUACUACCAGGACGUGUCGAGAACCGUGAUGCCAUUGCAACGACGGGACUGCUCAAGAGCCCAGGUUUGGGUGAAAGGGCAACCAAUUGUUAGCAAGGUGGUGUCGUCUAGUCAGAAGGCUCGAUCUUUUAGCCUCCAGUCUAGUCCUGAAGUGGCCCUUGGUGUCCAUCAUCAACCCCUGCUCUUCCAACCCCCUUCUCCUGCACACCACACGUGCAUAAAAAGCAUAAGACAAGCUCUCCUUGAUGCACCUCAGAGACUUUCAGAGUGACCACUCUAUAGCAAUGAUGGGGCUAAAGAGGGCUAGCCUUACUUGAUACCUCUGCCAUUGAGGACUGAUGGAUGCGGCAUUAAACAAAUGCGCUUGUUACUUCGUCCACGACCACUUGGUUGCGUCAAAGCACCUCCGCCAGCCUGCCUUUACACCCCUACACCACUAGGGGCAGCACUGCUCAGGGCCCUGGCACUAACCUUCACACUAAGUAACAUUAGUUUUUGUGCCUGUGAUUGCUUCACUCAAGUUUCAGUUAUGAAGAUCAGUAUAAGUCCUUACAGUGUUAUGAGAAAGGUGAAGCACAGCGUUUUAGUGCUUUUAGAAACAGACGGAUGGAUCUUCACCUGUACUGGAUACCAAAGCUGUGAUUAUUUUGAUCUUUCUUCCUCACUUUCUCAAUUUCUGCUUCCUUGCUUCUUUUGGAAAGAGGGCAUUGAGGAAAAAAGAGAACGUGGCUCGUGGGAUAAGUAGGCAGUAUGAUGAGGGAUUUGAACCCCUGCUCCUGGUGGUGUCCGUGCUGUCAGAAAAAUACGGCUGUCAAUGCUGGACGUUGCCUUCCAUUUCUCCUGAUGGAAUUGAAAAUGGUGCUUGAGUCACAAUGAGAGUGUCCACAUGAACACACAGACACACACUAAGAGUCUGUCUAGCUGUUACGUGUUUACCUGCAAUGAACGGGCAGAAUACUCAUGAUGGUAUUCAAGUGACGAAUUUGUUGAACUCAAAUUAUUUUGCUCUGUCUGUAAAAGGUAAUAAAUAGGUCACUGAUUUUAAUAUGUGUAGAUUUAUGCCUUUACAAACAGUGGUUACAACUUUGAAAUGUCUGGAACUGCUUUUGAAUUAAAAAAAACAGUGUGAUCUGUUUUGCCUCCUUGGAAACCAGGAAAAUUAUAUUCCCUUGGAUUAAAUUUGCGUUGUUGUCUCAAAGGAACGGCAUAUGAGAGCAAAUAAGAUUUUCUCGUUAAGAGUGCUAAUUUCUUGGAGCUUUAGCACUGAAUGUGAAAACGAGACCUUGUGGGGGAUUUGCACAUCAUUCUAUUUGAGGCUUUGCGCCCCUUAGCUUUACCUAAAUCCAACAAUAGGAGAUGGAUGGAUCGCGUGAGACGCGUUGUGCGUUCUGCCGUUCUCAGUGGAAGGCGCGUUAAAGUAAUUGUCGGCUACCGAAAUAGAAGUCAGACAGGAUAUCACGAGACCCAAGUGAGAAUUGAGCUGAUUCCUCCGUCGGCAUUAGAUGCAACCUACACCAUGUGGAAUUACUUUGGAUAUUUCAAACUCAUCCCUGUGCAGAGCUUUGGGAAUUUAGAAAUAAAACCUACAGAGGAAAAAGUUGGGAGACAGUUUUUGAUGGCUAUCCAUGGCCUCCUUUUGGUUCCCCAUAGAAGGGAUGGCUAUUAACAUUUGUCUUAUUGAUGACCCAUUAAGCCUCUUAUCUUGGUCUGUGUGCCUUAUAGUUGGAUAAAACUAAAAACCAGCCACAUGGUAGUUCCAACCUGCAGACAGGUUCUGCAGUGGUGGACAUGAUACAGUUAGAAUGCUCUGGUUGGUUGCUUUAUGCACUCUAAGCCCUUAUCCUUCUUGAGGGGACUCCUGUUGAGAAUCGUAAGGCCUGUGGCUUGUUUUGAAGCAGACUUAAAUUAAACUUCUUUUAGAGUCUCGAACAGUAGAUUGGUCAAAACCUAUGGCUUUGAUCAGUAUGUUUUUUUAAACUGGUAAUUAUUUCUAUGUAGAAGGACUCUCUACUCACCAGGUGAUUGAGAGGAAGCGAUUCAAUUGAGUAGCAGGUUGAUUACUGUAUGGAAACUUUAAAGUCACGGACUUUGAGAAAGCAAAGCUUUUUAAUGAGCACUGGCUGGCCUGUGUGCUGGAGGAGUACAACCACUUUUGUAAUGUGGUUAAUUUGCAUGGUGACCUCACUUGUUAGAAUAUCGAAUGCACUUUCUUCCUUUUUUUGGAUCUACGACUAUACCUUUCUGUGCUUAGCAUGAAUUGCUCCUUAUAUAACAUUCAUUUUGUAAACCUGAUGAUUGUAGCAUGAUAUUUCCACUUCUUCAGAAUUUCCCACAACUUGCUCAGCGAGUAGCUGAAUUACAUAACUUGUUCAGCUUCUUGGUUAACGUCUAGCUCUGAACCACUCAGCAGCUCUCGUCCUGCUUUGUGGCUUAAUGCACAACGUUUACGAAGUAAGCUCGGCACAGCUCAAGGUAGCACCAGUAAUUAAACAUUAUUAAAUGAAAUGCCUCGGUAUUUGCUUUAAAAAGAAAAAAGCAGAGGAUCUGUUGAUGCUGUUACGGUAGUUACUCCAAUAAAUCUUAUUCUUGUGACUUAAGAUAUUGGGCGUUAAAUUGAAAAUCCAUAAAAAGCUAAAUUUCAAUCAAGAUCAAGUAUUGUAAUGCUCAUUUUCAAGAAUGUCCUUAAUGGUUGAAAGCCAAAUGUAAUGUUUGUGUUAAGCCCUGUGUGUAUUGACAUGUGUCUGGAGCUCAGAGAGGUUUCUGUAUACAGCAGUGCUCCUUCACCUUUGGGUCGGGACCCUAUCGGGGUCACUUGGUAUGCAAAAUUGAAUUUUAAACUCAAAUGACCAUAUUUAAUAAAUGAAACAUGUUAUGUUUAAAAUAUAUAUUGCUACAACAUUUAUUUGGAUAUUUUAACUUCCAGUUAAUGACAGCUUGAGUAUUCGAUAAUCAUUGGUGUGAAUUCAGAGUUGUGGGUAAAAUAAAUGGAGUCAAAAGGGGGAGGGGCCGAGAAGCAACAUUUUAAACUUAGCUCAAUAUUUUCUCCCCACUGACUCCUACUGGCCAAAGUCACUUUAUGCUGUAGAGUUGUGUUCUUCAUCAGGCUCGUCUUGUCCUAUCUGAACACGUCCUUUUUACUGUAACAUUCUCCUUAUUUAUCUUAGGGGGAGCACAUAUGUUUAAUUAGAGAGCUUUCUUUAAUGCACAGUAUCUUAGUUACUGGCUAUUUAGGUCACAGUGCGAACUUCCAAUGAUAACACAGAUAUGGAGCUUUACAAGUUCAGUAUGUAAUAUCUUCGAUACUAAAGCUGCUUUAAUUAGAAAUGACCAAGAAACCCAGAAAACCAGCAGUUUUGAACAAAUGUUUUUGCACACAUUCAGAUGCCUGCACUUUCUAUUAUGUAGCCUAAUACAACUUUUGUAAUACAUAUUUUCUUUAUAUUUAACAGUUUUCUUAAUGAAAAUGUAAAUAUCUUAUUACUUUUCCACUUUCUUGUGAUCCGUUUCUCUCUAAGCCAAAUUCAAAAGUAUAACCUAUUGCUUCCACUAUUUAGCUGCAAUGUACUAUGUUGAAAUCAUGCAUGAAGUCAGUUUAUUCUAGUUUGGGGAACUGGUUGGAAUAAUGGCAUAUGUUUGCUGUGACAACUAUAUCAAUAUAUAUAUAUAUAUAUAUAUGUAAAUAUAUAUAAAUAUGUAAAUAUAUAAAUAUAUAUGUAUGUAUAUAUAUAUGUACAUAUAUAUGUGUAUAUAUAUAUGUACAUAUAUAUAUGUAUAUGUGUAAAUAUAUAUUACGCUUUAAUGAAUAUAGUUGUUAUCCAAAGUACAGUACAGUGUUAUAAAUCUGGAUUGAACCUGUUCACAAUACUGUAUCUACAGUGUUUAUUAAUUUGGUGUAUAAAUGGGAUUUAAUGGGCGGAGAGGCCCAGGACGGGGAUAGUGUUGAUAUAGAAAUACAUGGUGUGAUUAGCCCCUGGUUUAUACUGUCAUUUUUAAGUGGAUCGUAUAUCCUUUAUAUUUUCGUUAUGUUUGUUUCCAUUGACUCAUGAGUUUUAUUAACAUUUACUGCUCAUGUUAUGUUGUGUAUUACAAAAAAGGCAAAAGAAAGAGUCCACCACACUCACCAUCUAUUAAGGGCUUUCAAGAAAAUAUACCACAAUCAGAAUGUUUUGCUCUUUUUGCGAAAAUGUUUUGAAACUAAAAAUGUAUAAGAUUUUUUUAACCACUGUGAUUUGUACAACAUUUGAAGUAGUUUUUUCUCCUUUUUUGCCAUUUCAGUAUUUUGAUGUUUGACAUGGAUUUUAUUAAAAAUGUAAAUCUUUUAAACUUG